UCACACCUGUCGUUCUCCAUCCCCGCUUUCAUAUUACCACUCUUCUCGACAGAUAGUCAUGUUCUCUUUCCCCACCAUCCUCCUCUCCCUUAUACGCGGAACCAGAGACAACACGGAAGAUGUCCAGAGUCAGCGAUCGUCGUCUCAGCGUGGUCCUAUAGAGGAGUCGGUGCAAGUCCGCAUGGACACAGUCACAGAGCGCGUCUCAGAUGUUCCCCAUACCUCCCAUACCGCCCACACCGAGGCCCCAGAGCCCACUUCCCUCCCUCGCGCUACCCCGUCGCCCCCACCACCACCACCAGCCCACUAUUCGUCUAUGCAGAUGCAGGACGAUAUGCUCCACGAAAUAUUUGGUGGUCGCCCCCUCGACGAAGUUCGAGCCUCCGAACUCGCGCCUCCUCCGUACUCCAAAGAGGGAGACUACGAGAGGCUGCCCAGCUACCCGGGCCAUCCUGACGACGAGCCUGCCACACUGGCGCGAUACCUCUUCAUCUAUGGCUUCUUCUUCCCGCUCUUCUGGUUGUUGGGCAUCGCCAUUCUCUGCUCGCCGUUGGAGACCACUCCUGACUGGGAGCAGGGAAAGACGGAAGAAGAAAAAAAACAAUUGCUCUCCGAGCUCAGAGCUGCCGAAGUAAAAUGGGCAAAAUACUGCCUUUGGGCGUUCCUUUCGUUGUCCGCAAUCAUUGCCACUGCCGUUUCAUUUCUCUUCAUAGUGAAGCUCCAUUAAACUCUCUGUAUUUUUGUUUCCCUCAUCAUUCAUCACGCAUUCUCACAUCUUGUAUUCCUCACCACGCACUCCUUUCUAUUUGUAUCAUGUUAUCAACGGCUUCAAACAUUUUGUUAGCCUCGGCAUACCCAAUCUUACACAUUACUUUACGACACUUCUUGGGGCAGCAUGAUGGUCUGCUAUAAUACCUACAUACCAAUGACGAUACUUGCUGUGCUCGAUUAUAUCACUCCAGCAGAUUUGCUCAGAGACAAAUACAUAUAUAUAUAUGCGCU